GCACUCAACCAUCGAACAAGCUGUUUCCAACUUGUAUACAAGAGCUCCUGCUGAACUAGCAUUCUGAAAAGUUGGAGGCAUCAGAUAGAACAAGUGGUGCCAUCAGCUAUCAGAUGAAAUGUUUCCUAUGGCAUCCAGAUAAUCAAGGUUAUGUUAAACUGAACAUUUCCUUGUGGGCAACUGCAAUCAGAUAAGAAAACUGUCAUAAUGGCGAACUGCAAUGGCACGAUUGAGACAGGCAUAGUUACUUUUGAAAUUAUUCUUUACAGCCUAAUCACCUUUUUCGGAAUCGUAUUUAACACAGUUGCCUUGUGGGUUUUCUGCUUCAAACUGGGCAAAUGGACAGAGACCAGAGUUUACAUGAUCAAUUUAGCCCUGGCAGACUACACGCUGGUCCUUAUCUUACCAUUCAUAAUGUACUUUCACUACCACAAAUGGCCCGUGGAUGACUUUUGCCGUGUCAUAUUCGGAAUCAGUAGCAUGAACAUGCCAAUGAGCAUGGGCAUCAUCAUGCUAAUAGCGGUUGAUCGGUACAUUGCAAUCAAACAUCCUCUGAAAGCCAAAGUAAUCAGGUCUCCGUGGAAGGCAGCUCUUUCCUGCUUAUUUCUUUGGCUCUGUUGCUUGCUUUAUACAAUCCUAUUCAGUCUCUCUUUGAGAAAAGAAAUUUUUUGUUUCCAUAGACUUUCUAACAAAGCUCAUACCCUGGUCAGAUUAAUCAUUUUCUUUUUCAUACCACUGGUUAUAUUGUUGUUUUGUUCCAUACAAGUCAUCCGAUGCCUCAGGAAGAAACAUAAUGCUAGUCCUCAUGAAGAAAAGUUAACCCAGAAAGCCAUCUGGGUAGUCUCAGUGAACUUGGCCACCUUCAUUAUAUGCUUCCUGCCUUUCCACUUGAGUUUACUGUUUAGCUACGUAGCAAAAGCAUUAGAAGGGGCUGACUGCGAGGUGUCGCAAGCCAUUGCCAAUGCCAUACACGCAACUGCGUUAAUAACCAAGCUAAAUUGCUGCUUGGAUGCCAUGUGCUAUUACAUGGUUGCUAAGGAAUUCCAGGAAGUUGCAGCUCUCUUGCCUCCCUUUAACACAAUGCGGUCCAGGUCCAACUUAACUCAAGAUUCACAGCUGCAAAGCAAAACACCCGAAAAUUCACAACUGCAAAGUUUAAACAGCUGAAAUCACAAUGUCAUUGUAAGAUGCGUCUAGUCUCACCUUUGGAGCACUAUGUCCAGUCAACUGAAACGUCGCCUUUCGAACGCUAUGUCAAACAAAGCCCCACAGACUAUUCAAGACCAGUAAACAAAGUGGAUAUCACGUUAAUUUUAGCUGAUACAUUUUAAACCGAUGCUGCUCCCUUGAAUUAUCGCCGAUGGAGAUCAGUGUGCUGGUUUAACAUCUCUAGCUGAAACGGCAAAUUAUGUUCUGGAUUCAUGCUUCUUGCGGAAAUAUACAUAUCCCUAUAUCCAAUAUGGUAUUUUUCAUGUUGAAAUCCUGUCUUUAUACUCAGGCCUUCCUCAGCUGAAUUAGUGCUUUUAGUUUGCAGCUGAUACAACUUACAAUGAUGGAUUUGUAUUAUGCUUUGUAAGUUUGUUUUAUGAUUGAUAUACAUUUGGUUGCAGA